AACUUCAUACCAAAAAUUAAAGACCAUAUUUUUUCUCACUUGCUGGGUUUAGAAUAUGACGGCGACGAACGAGAAUUUACGGAUGUCGAGCGAAACGAUGUGCACUUCAUCAACAAUCUGAACCGCGUUUUCCAACCUAAGCGCUUCCAAAUCAACUACACAACGUAUGAUGUCCGUAGGGAUCAAGACAUGCUCAAACCUGGAAAUGGCUCUACAGUGAUGAUGUUGUCGAGAGAAAGCAGUGCGAGUGCUCACCCUUUUUGGUAUGCACGGGUGUUGGGUGCAUUUUGUAUUAACGUUCUUCAUGUUGGCCCCAACGCUUGUAACCAUUCGCCUCAGUACAUGGAGGUCUUGUGGGUGCGAUGGUUUGGUGUUGUGCCACAGUACCGCUGGGGCUUCCAAGAAGGCCGCCUCCCAAAGAUUGGAUUCGUUCCCGACUCACCUGCUGCCUUCGGGUUUCUUGACCCGUCGCUAGUGAUCAGGGCAUGCCACCUUAUCCCUGCUUUCGCUGAUCAUCGUACAAAUGACCUUCUCAGGCAAGGUCCCUCCACUGCAAGACUGCCUGGAGAGGUCGAUGACUGGGCUUCGUUUUAUGUUAACAUGUGA